AUGCUCACACUGCGUAUGUCUGCCGAUAGGAUCAACACAGCGGAUUGUAAAAUGAUGGAUACUACAUGUUCUGAUAGUGAGGAUGAUGAAGUCAUCUUAGACUUAUGUAAACAGUUGAACAUUAAAGUUCCUUCAAAAAAUAAAAAUCCAAGAAACAUAACAUUACAAGACUUGGAGAAUAUAAAUAUUGCAAACUUACCUGUUCAAAUAUUACCUGAUUUUUUACCUGUAUAUGAGGAACAACCUCAACAAACUUCUGCUUCUUGUGAAAAACAGCUACAAGAAACCCUUCCUAUUUCAUGCGAAGAACAGCCACAAGAAACCGCUUCUACUUCAUGUGCAGAACAGCCACAAGAAACCGCUUCUAAUUCAUGUGAAGAACAGUCACAAGAAACUGCUUCUGCUUCUUGUGAAAACCAGGCACAAGAAAUUACUCUUAUUUCGUGCGAAGAACAGGCACAAGAAACCGCUUCUACUUCAUGUGAAGAACAGCCACAAGAAACUGCUUCUGCUGGAAAACAGUCUCAAAAUCAAACAUCUGAUGUUAGGUCUUUUGUAGAACCGCAACAAGAAACUGUUUCUCGUUCAUCCGAUGAUGAAUAUGGUGAUCUGAAAUCAAACAGAAAAAGAAGUUUAAAGAGAUUUGGGGACCCUAAUAAAUGGGAUAAGUCUGUAACAAAAAAUAAACGAAUGAAAGGAGAGAAGUACAUAGGAUAUCGCAGGGACAAAAAAGUAAAAAGAAAUGAGAAAUUUAAAGUACUCCAUGACAUACAACGUCCAGCUCGUGAAAUGGGUCCAAAGUGCACAUCUACUUUUUGUAAUAAAUCUAAGGUUCGUGGAUGUUCCAGCCUGAAUGAUGAUGAGAGGCAAAAUAUUUUUUCUAAGUUCUGGAAACAUAUGACAUGGGAGCAAAGAAAACAGUAUGUUGUAUCCAAUGUCUUGACUUGCGAGAAAAAGCAAAUUAAAAAUAAAACAAAUUCUAGGAGGAGUGAUAGCAAACAAUAUUUUUUGAGUACUUCUAUCGGACGAAUCCAAGUGUGUAUGCAGACAUUUCUAAGGACCCUAGGUUUGAAAGAAUCUACAGUAAGAUGCUGGAUGUCAUCUUCGGAACACGGCAUAGCUAAAUCUUCCACUAGUAAUGAACACCAAGAACGCGUUAUUAAGAAAGAGGAUCUGGCAUUCCUUAAAGAGUUUUUUGCUUCCUUACCAAAGAUGCCCUCUCAUUAUUGCAGAGCAAACACUUCAAAGCAGUAUUUAGAGCCAAUUAUCGAAGAUAAGACCAAACUUUACAAAUUGUACGGUGCAGAGUGCGAAAAAGCUGAAAGAGCUCCUGUCAGCCGCUGGACCGUAAACAGAGUUUUUGAUGAGCUGAACUUGAGCCUAUUUACUCCAAAAAAAGAUCAAUGUGACACCUGUUGUUCACACAAAGCGGGCAAUUUAACAGACGAGAAAUAUAAUGCUCACAUACGCUCUAAAGACAUGGCCAGAAACGAAAAAGUUCAUUAUAAAGAAAAAUCUAUAAAAUUCGGUGACAUACAUGUUUUUACACAUGAUUUACAAGCUGUGAAGUUGUGUCCUCAGUUAAAGGCCAGUGCUCUGUACUACAAAACCAAACUGUGCGUUCAUAAUUUCACGAUGUAUAACCUGGCAACUAAAAAUGCUUACUGCUAUUGGUUUGACGAAACUAAUGCUGGUCUAGUCGCUUCCGUGUUUAUUUCAUGCAUCAUAGAUAUACUCAAGAAAACGUUGGAGCUAAAAUGUGUUCCUGUAGUUCUUUAUUCUGAUGGCUGUACUGCACAAAACAGGAACGUGUUUCUUGCUAACGCACUGUUACAAUUAGCAAUGGAGAAGAAUAUUACAAUAAUUCAAAAGUUCCUGGAAAAAGGUCAUACUCAAAUGGAGUGUGACGCAGUGCACAGUUCCAUUGAGCAGAAAACCAAAGAUAAAGAAAUAUUUCUCCCAUCUCAAUACGCCGUACUCUCGAAAGAAGCCAGGCCUAAACAGCCUUAUACAGUUGAGUACUUAAAUUAUGACUUUUUUGAGGAUUACUCUAAAAAAGAUCUCUUUAUUUAUGACUCUAUUCGACCUGGUCGAACCACCAAAGAUCCUACUGUCACAGACUUAAGAGUGCUACAAUACAACCCUAAUGGAAUUAUACAAUACAAACUAAGUUUUGAUCAAGAAUAUCAGGAGAUGCCUCAGAGCAGGACUCGACGUAAUAAAGUCAUACCUAAAAAUAUUCCUACUAGACCGAAGCUUUAUCAAAGUGCACAAAAAAUACCUGAAAGCAAAUGGCGUCAUUUGCAAGAGUUAAAAAAAGUCAUUCCUUUUGACUGUCACAGUUUCUACGACUCUCUACCUCAUUAA